AUGAAUGAUAUUUUCGGCUCCCCGCCAAAACUUAAUAAUGACGAUCGUGAAAUUAAAGAAGCAAUUAAAAGUUCACGAACUGCACUACGUGAAACUACACAAAAUGUAAAUGCAAGAGAAGCGAAUAUUCAAAUUACUGCAGAAUCAAUUAAUCAAAUGUAUAAAAGAGUCGAUGAGUGGGAGAAAAGACUCGCUGAAUAUGCAGAUAAGGCUCUUUUAAAGCAGAGUAAUUUGAGAAAGGAGCAAGAUAAAUUUUAUUCUGAAAAUAACCAUGCAAAUACAGAGCUUGAUAAUCAAAUUAAUGAACUAGAAGAGAUAUUAAACAAACUUAUGAAUAGACAACAAGAAAUUACACUUAAUUUAAAAUUUAUUGAAAAACAAAAGAAAGAUUUUGAUCAAAACAUAGUAGAAUUAACACAAAAUGUGAAUAACGUAUCAAAGACAGGCACAGAACAUUCGAAAAGCAUUACAAAAGCAAGCGAAGAACAUCAAGAAUUUGAAGAUAUGCAACAACACGCAAUAAUAGAAAUAAGCGAAAAUAAGAAAAAGAUAUCUGACCUAGAACUUGAAAUUUCACAAGUACAAGCUACUUUAUCUGAUUUUAAAUUAAAAGAUGCUCAAAAUACAGCAGAAAAUACAAAACUCUCUUAUAAAAUAGAAAAUCUAAAAGAAAAACGUAAUAAUUUAAUCAAUAAAUAUCAAGAAAAUGUAAACUCACUUACAAAUUCGAUUAAUAAGAAAAAUGAAAACGAAUUUGAUCCAAAAACACAAAGAAUAUCUUUGCAGAACCAAAUCAAGUCGAUUAAAGAUUCAAUGACAGGUAUAAUUAAAUCAAUAUCUGAGAAAAAUUCAGAUGAAAAAAUAAUGAGAUCAAAUAUCCUUCGAGAGAAGGCAAAUUCAGAUGCAUUGAGAGCUAAUAUCAAGAAUAUCAAUUCCCAAAUAGAUAAAAUCAAAGAAGAUCACAACAGAUUUCUAGAUAAUGUUGUAAAAAUCAGAUCUAUCAAAGUUGCAACAAUUUCGGAGAUAAAAACUGCUCUCUUUGAUGUAAACAAUUCAAUUCGCCAAGCCCAAAUGUCCCUUGAUGAAAUGGCAAACAUGGAAUCACGAAUUGCACAAAGAUUAAGGUCAACUGACGUCAAAAUCGAAUGUUGCCGUGCUAACAUGGACCAGAUUGCAACAAAUGAGAUAGAACUACAAAGACUUCGCCUUGUAAACGAAUCUCGUGAAGAUUCACAAACAGCGCGUGUUGUUGCUUUGCAAGAUACUCUCGAUGCAUUAACGAAUAGGAUAAAAGGAGCUGAAAUUGAGGAACAAAGAUUGAACAGAAACUUCAUUUCUUUAGUUUCAUCUCGAAAUCCUGAACCUGAAACGAAAACAGACGUACUUUACAGUGCAGUAAGAAGAAUAAAACGUGAGAAUAAAUGUCUUGUCCAGCAAAUACAAGAUGUUUAUCAAAAAAUCAAUGAUUUAAGUUUUAAUCAGAAAAAGAUAAGCGGAAAGAUUAAGCAGAGUAGAGAGUUAUCACAACUUCCAAGUUCUAAAGCACCAAAUCCUAAAGGUUUAUGUAUGAAACAACAUGAGAUUUCAAAUCUCAUCACAAAAAUAUGCGAGAAGAAAGAAUCAAUAGAAUAUUCAAGAAGAAAACUUGCUAAUAAGCAACAGAAUAGCUAUUACAAACCAACUUAUUAUGAUUAUAACUUUAAUAAUUUUGAUUAUAACUAUACAAAGUCUUUGUUCAAUGAGAGACUAACUUUAACUGACUUAAUAUGGGCUAUGCAAUCAGAAACAUAUGUUUGGAGAAGUGAGAAUACAGUAUUUGCCAAAGAAUUACUUCUCAAUACUUGGAAUCACCAAUUAGAUUUGUUUAAUUUCAAAUAA